AUGGAUGAGAGCUUUGAACCAAUGCAAACUACCAGUGAAGAGAAGCCAGGAGGAGACAUCUACAACCUGAUAGAUAAAGGUCAAAGCGAUAGCUCAGAGAGGGCAGGUGGUUGGGGGUCACUUCCUGAUGUGUGCCUCCGCCAUGUCUUCAGGUGUCUUUCCGAUGAAGAUCGUGUGAGUGCAGAUCUGGUUAGUUGUCACUGGCACCAAGUCAUGCACUCUCCAUCUCUCUGGCGCUUCCGCUUCUUCCACUUCAACGGCCGUCUAUCCAAAUACACCCAGUCUGAGUACUGCUCUGCUGUUGCCUACGCCCGCAGUCUAGGAGUCUAUCUGGAGUCACUUGAGGUGUGUCUGUGUCCCCCACGCAAGUCCUCGAUAGCCCGGCGGUUGGAGCAGACUCUCACCGGGCUGUUGUCCGAGCUUACAAGUGUAAAGGCCCCGCUCCGGUCACUUUCCAUUGUAAAGAUGGAGUUGGAACGGACCCCCUGGACAACAAGCCUCAGGAGCUCCAUAGUGCACAGUCUGAUUGAGUUCCUCCAAACAGGAGGCUCAAAGCUCACCUCUGUUUGUCUGAAUGGGAUGCGAAACUCCCUUCCCCAUGGUCUGGAGGUGUUGUCUGCACUGGCACUUUCUCAGACACGUUUGACCCCCAGGUGCUACAUCUCGUCUUUGGACUUGAGGGGAUUCUUCUCAGGCUCAUUAACCAAUGUCCAUCUGAACCCCAGUGUUCCCUGCAUCCUGUGUCAACUGCCAGGCCUCACUUACCUGACCCUUAGUUACUCCUGGCUGUCAGACGAGCUGCUAACGGCCCUCCAGCACAGAGGACAGCAAGAACAGGGUAGAGAUGGGAACCCCUUGCAAAGUCUCUCGCUGCACUGCAGUUUGCAUGAGCCCCAUCAACAGCUGGUGUUUGGCAACUCAUGGUCAAAUUUGGUCUCAACCUGCCCAGAGCUAAAGGUCAGGAUCACAGUGGAGCAAGUCAUUGACACUAACAGGCUUGCAAGGAUCCUGUUGCCUGAGAUUCCCCUGACAGAAUUCAACAUGACAGGUUCCUACUCCACUGACGAAGACUGGAGCGCCAAGCCUGUCCUCCGUGACCUGCUGCCUCAGUACAGACGCAGUCUGCAGUUUUUGUCCCUUGACCUGAGAAACAGUGAAGAAUCCCUGGAUGAAGAGCUGCUGGGGUUGGUCAAAGUGUGUGAACGUCUGGAGCAGCUGAGAGUCUGGGCUUUCUUGGACUUGAGGACCAUGGAGAGGCUGCUGCACAUGAGACUGACUAAAAGAAGCUUACUCAACAAGAUCAAAGUGAGAAUCUACUCCAUGGAAGAUGAAAUUGAAGAGAAGGAGGAACAGCUGGAGCAAAUAUUGUGUCCCUACCUGGGCCUGCCACCUGAACUGGACCUUUAUGUCAUGGUCUACCCCUUUGUAUGA